AUGACAGCGGGAGGGAUAACAGAGCUUCAAGCAUUAGGAUAUGCAUGUCCAGUCAUGGGGAAUGUUAUGAAGAAUAUUGAAGCUCGUUCAUAUGCUACAGCAAGUCGUACCAAUAAUGCAAAAAUGGAUGUACUUGAAAAUAUUCAUGCAAAGGCAGGGGUUUUUGGAUCAAUAUCAGACGGAAAAUCAGAAGUUUGUCCAUAUGGAAAAGCUAUUCUUAAUGCGCCUCAUGAACAAGUAUUAACGAAUCAGUUUUUUGAUUAUGAAGAAUGGUUUUCUAGUGAACUAGAUAAAAAACGUAGGGACAAGUCGUAUCGGUAUUUUAACAAUAUUAACCGACUUGCAAAUGAAGCUCCAUAUGCACAUACAAACGAUCUUAAUAAACGGGUUACUGUAUGGUGUUCUAAUGAUUAUUUAAAUAUGAGUAAAAACAAGCAAGUUAUUGAUUCUAUACGCCAUACUCUCCAUGUUUAUGGAGCAGGAGCAGGUGGUACCCGAAAUAUUUCUGGACAUAAUCAACAUGUUGAGCAUCUUGAAGCAACUCUUGCACAUCUUCAUGAAAAGGAUGCUUCUCUUGUGUUUAGUUCCUGUUAUGUUGCAAAUGAUGCAUGUAUUUCUACCCUUGGUAGUAGAAUUCCGGAUUGUAUUAUAUUUUCAGAUGCUUCUAAUCAUGCUUCAAUUAUUCAAGGGAUUCGCAAUUCUCGCGCUAAAAAGGUGAUUUUUAAACAUAAUGAUCUCAAAGACCUUGAAUCAAAGCUUAUGGCAAUUCCUUUAUAUAUACCAAAGAUUAUUUGUUUUGAAUCUAUUUAUUCUAUGUGCGGUUCAGUUGCGCCGAUCAAAGAAAUUUGUGAUCUUGCUGAGAAAUAUGGUGCUCUUACCUUUUUAGAUGAAGUUCACGCAGUUGGUAUGUACGGGAAACACGGUGCUGGUGUUGCUGAACAUAUUGGACAAAUGUCUCGUAUUGAUAUUAUUAGUGGAACAUUAGCUAAAGCUUAUGGUUGUGUUGGUGGCUACAUUUCUUCUUCUAAAAAUAUUAUUGAUGUAAUUCGCUCUUUGGCUCCUGGAUUUAUUUUUACGACAGCUUUACCUCCUCAUGUUAUGGAAGGUGCACGUGUUUCUGUUGAAUAUCAAAAGCGUACACAACGUGACCGUAUUCUUCAGCAGAUUCAUACCCGCCACCUAAAAAAAGCUCUUAAGGAUGCUAGGUUGCCUGUACUUCCUAAUCCAAGUCAUAUAAUACCUCUGAUGGUAGGGGACUCUCAAACUUGUAAAGAAAUAUCGGAUGAAUUAUUGUUAAAAUACGAUAUAUAUAUACAGCCUAUCAAUUACCCUACGGUUCCUGUUAAUAUGGAGCGUUUGCGAAUUAUACCGACUCCGGCUCAUACUAUAGAGUUUCAGAAGAAACUUGUAACUGCUUUGAAACAAAUUUGGGAUGAUCGUUUAUUAAAAAAAAUAGAUGAUUGGGAUAUGGAAAGUCUUGGUUCAUUUACAGAGGAAUUAUGGACUGAUGAACAAUUAAGAUUUUAUGAUACUGAGAAUAUUUUAGGAAAAUGAUGUUUUAUAAAAUUAAACUGUUAAAUAUUUGG